CCUUGCAAUUCAUAGUGCUCUGACUGAAGUCUCUCAUAUUAGAGAGGUGUAGUGCUUUCAUCCUCUCUCUCCUUCUCGCUCAGAGGCUCGGCGAGCAGAGGGGUGUGUGGAAUACAUCACCGACGCUCUCAGAUCUUCCAGCACGUGGAGACACGGAGACAGACGGAAGCUGGAGGUCUGGAUUGCUGGAUUCACAUCUUCUGCACCUGAUUUGCUCAGUGGAAGCUUGAUUCAUCACCACAGAGACAGCACCAGACUCACCAGGCAGGCUUUCUUGCCAAGACAAGCAUCCAUUAGUGCAGAAACAUGUGGUCAGGACACCUGACUGUCAGCUGUUUGGUUUUGGCCACCCUGAUGACUCUGAAUCAAGCCGGCCUUGUAAAGAAGAUGAUCAGGCACCGACGGGAAGCUCUGACAAUUCCCGGCAUGCACAACGUUACCCUUCCGAACUCUUCCCGACCGGUAGUUUUCAACCAUGUUUACAACAUCAAAGUUCCAGGCAGCUCUCUGUGCUCAGAGGAUCUGGAGUCUUCUGGUGGUUUGGUUCUUGAGGAGAAGGUUGCACCAUCUGUCUCAAAAGUAACAGACCACACAUUGGACAGCAGUAAUCAGAUCGUCUUCACUCAUCGCAUCAACAUUCCCAAGCAGGCCUGUGCCUGUACAGAUGGACUGCCGGAUCUGAAGGAACUGCUGAGUCGAUUGGAGACGUUGGAGAGCGAGUUGUCCACACUCAGACAGCAAUGCGGCACAGAAUCCACCUGCUGCAGCGCACAGGUCUCAGGUGUUGUAGGAACGAAGCCCUACUGCAGCGGCCAUGGAAACUACAGCACGGAAUCCUGCGGCUGCAUUUGUGACCCCGGAUGGAAUGGCCCCAACUGUACCAUUCCCGACUGUCCCGGGGACUGCAGCGACCAGGGCCGCUGCGUUAACGGAAAGUGCCAGUGUUUUGAAGGCUUCACGGGUGAGGACUGCAGCUUGAAAACCUGUCUGGUUGACUGCGGUGAGAACGGUCGUUGCGUCGAUGGAGUGUGUGUUUGCAAUGAAGGCUUCUCUGGGGAAGAUUGCAUGGAGUCAGAUUGCCUCAACAACUGUUUGGGACGCGGCCGCUGCGUUGAUAGUGAGUGCGUCUGCGUUGAACCCUGGACCGGCUUCGACUGCUCCGAGCUCAUCUGCCCGAAUGAUUGCUACGACCGCGGACGAUGCGACAACGGGACCUGUUACUGUGACAAAGGCUUCACCGGGGAGGACUGCGGGGCGCUCGUUUGUCUGAACGACUGCUCGGGACGAGGCUUCUGCAUCGAUGGCCGCUGCAUAUGCAACGCCGGCUACUCCAGCGAGGACUGUUCCAGCUUGACCUGUCCGAACGACUGCAACGAAAGGGGACGCUGCUCUAACGGAGUGUGCAUUUGCGACAUGGGCUUCCACGGAGAGGACUGCGGGAAGCUCUCGUGCCCGAACAACUGUAACAACCGAGGUCGCUGCAUUGACGGCCGUUGCGAAUGCGACGUCGGCUUCCAAGGCCACGAUUGCUCAGAGCUCAGAUGCCCCAAUAACUGCAAUAAUCGGGGGCGUUGUGUUAACGGGCAGUGCGUUUGCGAAGAAGGUUUCAGCGGCGAGGACUGCAGCAUCAAAACCUGCCCGUCGGACUGUUACGGCCGAGGUCAGUGCGUGGACGGGAAGUGCGUUUGCUUUGCAGACUUCACCGGCGAAGACUGCAGUGAAUUGAGCUGCCCGAACAACUGCCUGAACCGCGGACGCUGCGUCGCAGGGCAGUGCGUUUGCGACGAAGGCUUCACCGGAGAGGACUGCGGUCAAAAGAAAUGUCCCAAUGACUGUCUCAGCCGAGGACGCUGCGUGGAGGGCCGAUGUGUUUGCCAGGAGGGUUUUGAAGGCCAGGACUGCUCCGUUCCCACCUGCCCAGGAAACUGCAACAACCGCGGGCGCUGCGUCAACGGAAAAUGUGUGUGCGACGAGGGAUUCGUUGGAGAUGCCUGUAGGGAAAGAAGCUGUCCGAACGAAUGCAAUGGAGCAGGCCAGUGUGUGGACGGGCGCUGCGUUUGUGAUGAAGGCUACAUUGGCGAGGAUUGCUCAGAAGUCUCACCACCGGAAGACCUGACCAUCACAGAUGUGACCACGGAGAAGUUGAACCUCACAUGGAAGAACGAGAUGCUGGUGACGGAGUUUUUAGUCACGUACAUCCCGACGUCACCAGGCGGCCUGCAGUUAGACUUCAGAGUGCCUGGAGAUCGGACGUCUGCUACCGUCUCUGAGCUGGAGCCUGGAAUUGAGUACCUGAUCAAUGUUUAUGCCGUCCUCAACAACAAGAGGAGCGUUCCAGUCAGUGCCAGAGUGGCCACACAUCUACCACAGCCUGAGGGCCUGAAGUUUAAAUCCAUCUCUGAUACGUCUGUGGAGGUUUUGUGGGACCAGCUGAACUUUCCAUUCGACGGCUGGGAGCUCAUCUUUCGUAACACGAAGGAAGAAAACGGGAAGAUCGUGAACAAUCUGACACCUUCCGAGACCAACUUUGAGCAACCAGGACUCGGGCCGGGACAGGAAUAUGAAGUCACUUUGUCCGUCAUAAAGAACAACACCAGAGGACCCGAAACAAGCUCCACUGUAGUUACAAGAAUCGAUUCUCCAGGACAGAUUGAUGUUAGCGAUGUGACAGACAGGUCAGCAGUGAUCUCCUGGUCCAGGCCCGUGGCUCAGAUUGAUGGGUUCAGGGUGUCGUAUGGGCCAAGCACAGACCCGUUAGUCCAUCGUGACGUCGACCUCUCGGCCAAAGACACGCAGUACAGCCUGGAAGACCUGAAACCCGACACUGAAUACAGAGUGUCUCUCAGUUCUAGAAGGGGAGAUGUGACCAGCGAGCCCAUCUUUGAAAGCUUCACCACAGGCUUGGAUGCCCCCAGUGACCUUAAAGCUGUUGAUCAUACUGACAACAGCAUCACAUUGGAAUGGAAAAACAGCCGCUCAUCCAUUGACGGAUACCGUAUCAAGUACGGCCCAAUCGCAGGAGGUGCUCAUGGUGAAGACAUGUUCCCUAGAAAAGAAGGAGACACGACAUGGGCCACAAUUACAGGCCUGAAGCCUGGAACAGAGUACGGCAUUGGAGUCACAGCCAUUCAGAAUGAAAGGGAGAGUGAGCCGGCCACCACCAAUGCACUGACAGAUCUGGAUCCACCACGAGACCUGGAAGUGCGAGACUCCACUGAAACCACGCUGGAACUGGUCUGGAAGAGGCCCAGGGCCAAGAUCUCCACCUACAGGCUAGUGUUUAUCUCUGCCGACGGCCGUCGGGAAGAAAUCGAGCUGCCUGCUACUGCAACCACCUACACUCUGAACGGCUUGACUCCUGGCAUGCUCUACACCGUCACCCUCGUGGCAGAGCGCGGACGGAGAAGAAGUGCUCCAGCCACCGUAACCACAUCCACAGAGGAGCAGAAGCCGCAGAUUGGCAGUCUGAGUGUGUCUGAUGUAUCUUGGGAUAGUUUCAAUGUGUCCUGGACCGUUGAGGAUGGCCCUGCCUUUGACAGUUUUGUGAUUGAAGUUGCAAAUUCAGCAGGUGGUCCUGAAAGACAGAACCUUUCGGUAUCUGGUGAUGCACGUAGUUUAUGGAUGUCUGGGCUGAGCCCCGACACGUCCUAUACAAUUACACUAUAUGGAGUGCAUCAGGGCUCGAUCCUGGGGUCGAUCUACAUUGAAGAAGCUACAGAUAGCGCUCCAGUGGUUGGCAAUCUGUAUGUGUCUAAUAUUACAUCAGAGAGCUUCUCCAUUUCAUGGAAUGACACAAGAGGAGAUAUUGAGAGGUUUAUCCUGGAGAUUAUAGACUCUAGCUGGCAGCGGGAGCCAGUUGAAUAUAACCUAUCACACAGUACACAGUCAUAUGAAAUCACUGGGCUACGGCCGACUACUGACUAUAUAGCUUACCUCACUGGAGUAAUAAAGGGAAGGAGAACAGACUCUGUCAGUGCUGUCGCCUCCACAGCGGCCGAGCCUGACUUGUCUGGGCUAGUUGUUUCAAACAUUACCUCAGACACAGUGUCGCUCUCCUGGCGGACGGGAGAGAAGGCGUUUGAUAAUUUUAUAGUCGAGGUGAGAGAGUCUGCUUUGCCCACGCAGGCGACGGGGCGCACCUUGCCCGCAGGUGCCCGCUCCACGGUGCUGACCGGCCUCAGAGGAGACACGCGAUAUCAGAUCAAGCUGUAUGCCACCAUUGGUGGCGCCAACACAGCUGCCCUGACAACUGUAGUAACCACAGAGCCUAAGCCUGAAUUGGGCCCCAUUGUGGUGUCCGAAACACUGCCGAGUAGCUUGACGCUGUCCUGGAGCACAUUGUCAGGCCACUUUGAUGGCUUUGCUGCUCGUAUCACUGACCGUGAGCAGCUAUAUGAUGUUGUAGAGCUCAGGCUAUCAGGCACAGAGAGGAACAUUACCGUGAUGGGUCUUGUGGACUCUACGGUCUAUGACAUAGUGUUUUAUGGUCUGUCUCAUGGCCGUCAAACUCCAUCAGUUUACUUCAAUACCAGUACAGCGUCAUUACCUAAAGUGGAAAACCUCACGGUUUCGGAUAUUACCCCAUACGGAUUUCGGGUGUCCUGGGAAGCAGAUUCCUCUGAGGGCUUCAGCCAUUUUCAGGUAAAGGUGUCGGACUCUGGCCAGCUGCUGGAGCCACAAGAGUUCGUAGUGCCAGGAAACCAGACCUUACUGGAUGUUUUGGGCCUGAUUACUGGCAUUGGCUAUGAGGUCAGUGUGACCGGGGUGUCAGGGAAUGGGUUACAGUCUCGUCCAAUCACCACAGUGGCUGUUACAGAGGCAGAACCAGAGAUUGAGCACCUUUUCGUGUCCGACGUCACCCCUGAGAGUUUCCGGCUGGCCUGGACUGCAGAAGACGACGUUUUUGAUCGAUUUGUGCUCAAAGUUAGAGAUUCGAGAAAGCUCUCCCAUCCACGAGAGUUUGUUGUGCCGGGUGAUGAAAGAACCAAAGUGUUAACACAGCUUUUGGGGGGAACUGAAUAUGAAAUUGAGCUUUACGGUGUCACGUUGGAACAUCGCUCCCAACCCGUUACUGCUGUUGCGAGAACAGGCCUUGGAGCUCCACGCGACCUUCGUUUCUCUGACAUCAUGGAUACAUCAGCUGUGGUUUACUGGACUGUACCGCGUGCCCAACCGGACUCCUACAGAAUCACUUACUUCCCAGUCCAAGGAGGUACUCCCAUGAUUGUGACGGUGGAUGGGUCACAGUCUCAGGUUUCGCUAACAAAUCUGAUUCCUGGAGAGAUGUAUCAGGUGUCAGUUAUUGCAGUGAAAGGUCUGGAGGAGAGCGAACCAGUGUCCGACACUUUUACUACAGGUCUGGAUACGCCACGCAGCCUGACAGCUGUCAAUGUCACUGACACGAAGGCGCUGUUGCUGUGGCAACCUGCAGUUGCGACUGUGGAUGGAUAUGUCAUCACAUACAGCGCAGACACUGUGCCACCGAUAUCAGAGCAGGUUUCUGGCAACAUCGUAGAGUAUGAGAUGAGUUCACUGGCUCCAGCUACUCAAUACACGGUCAAUGUUUAUGCCAUAAGAAACCGACAGAAAAGUGUUCCAGCGACCACAGACUUCACAACAGAUGCGGAUGAUCCGCGUGAUCUGGUUGCCAGUAAUAUUCAGACAGAAAGCGGCGUUCUCACCUGGAAGCCACCCCGGGCAGCCAUCACCGGCUAUAUACUGACCUUUGAAGGAUCUGACGGGGAUGUCAGGGAAUUGAAUCUAGACCCAUCUGUCACCUCAUACGCUCUGUCUCAUCUGAGAAGCACCACAGAAUACACUGUCAGACUGCAGGCCGUCUCUGAGGACAAGAGAAGCAAGAUUAUCAGCACCGUCUUCACCACUGCUGGCAAGGUCUACAGCAAUGCCAAGGACUGCUCAGAAGCUUUGCUGAACGGAGAGACGUCAUCCGGUCCGUACACCAUUUACAUAGCCGGAGAUGAGAAACAACCGGUCCGGGUCUACUGCGACAUGACCACUGACGGCGGAGGCUGGAUGGUGUUCCUACGGCGUCAGAACGGCAAGGUCGAUUUCAACAGGAACUGGAGGAACUACUCUAUAGGAUUCGGUGACGCGAACGAUGAGUUUUGGCUCGGACUGUCGAAUCUUCACAAAAUCACAGCAGCUGGUCAGUAUGAGAUACGUGUGGACCUGCGUGAUGGACAAGAGAGUGUGUUUGCUGUGUACGAUAAAUUUUCCAUCGGAGACUCUCGUUCUCGCUACAAGAUGCAGAUUGGUGCAUACAGUGGUACUGCAGGCGAUUCCUUGUCGUAUCACCAGAACAGACCCUUCUCCACUUAUGACAAUGACAAUGACAUUGCCGUCACCAACUGUGCCCUCUCCUACAAGGGAGCGUUCUGGUAUAAAAACUGCCAUCGAGUGAAUCUGAUGGGGAAAUAUGGAGACAGCAGUCACAGCAAAGGCAUCAAUUGGUUCCACUGGAAAGGCCACGAGCAUUCGAUUCCAUUUGCGGAGAUGAAGAUCCGGCCAGUAAAUUUCAGAAACUUGGAAGGCAGACGGAAAAGAUCAUAGACUUCAAAUGUCCCUCUUUAUCUUUCCUCCAAAAACCCACAUGGUCAAAUGCACGACACAACUAAAACUCCUGAAUGAAAAUCUUCUAGUGAUACAAACUGUGUCUUUCACCUCAACAUUAUUGGAUGCCACAGUCAAUCCUUUUUAUAUGUUAUAAAAAGCUGCAUGAUUAGUGGAGAGUUUUACAUACACUUGACAGAUGAAAUAUGAUAUUUGAAAGUGACACACAUCUUCCUAUAACAAAUCUAAAACAGAUCUAUGAGAAUGAGUCUCCACUAUUACAAUUAUUAACGGAGUUAGAUUAGCUUUAUUAGCUCAGUUUUCGAGACCAGCGAUGUCAUUUCCUCGACUGAAUCAUUACCACACUCAGGUCUGACAGCCAGGAUGGUGCAAAUAAGUGUUUUCAAAACUAAAAAAAGUAAGCUCAUUUCAGUGUGAUUAUUUUCUGAAAAGUUUGUAUGACAAACCAGUUUACCUAUUGAUUUAUUAUUGUUCAUUUGUUUUGUUUUAAAUUUAUUUGUAUUGUUUCCCCCCCCCCCAUAGAUUCCUAAAUGUCUAUAAUCCCUCAAUGCAGAAGUGUCGAUUAAACUGUAUCUCUUCUCCUUGAAUGUCUAAAAUUGAUCUACAACAAAAUAGGAAAUAAAAAUAUAAUUUGUUAUGUUGGAA